CCGGAUAAUCGGUGGUUUCUGAUGAGGCUGAUCGUGGUUCCCAUGGUUACCAUGAUCGGCUGAUUACCUCUUUGUUAACCUCUGAUCAAUAACCUAUUUUUGACGUCAUUCUGCUUCCGUUAUUUGCGGGAAGUCGAUAAAAAAACAACCUCCGACCAGCCAAUCCGCAUCUCUCUGCGGGUUUAUUUCCUCCCUCUAUCCAUCCUCUAUCCUCCAUUCUUCCUCCUCCUCAUCAUCCCUCUCCUCCUCCGCUGCACCGAUGCUCUCAUCGGGCCUGUCCCGACUCGGAGCUCCGUCCGCCCGCUGGCUUUAAAUCGGUACGUCGGUGCGUCAUGGUGCAGAAAUCCCGGAACGGCGGGGUGUUCCCCGGAGCGCAGGCCGACCAGAAGAAGCUGAAGGUCGGCUUUGUGGGUCUGGAGGCCGGAGGGACGGAGUCCAGCCGGGACGGAGCUCUGCUCAUAGCAGGUGGGGACGAGGGUCCUCGGCGACAGCGCAGCAGCGUCUCUGGAGGAAAGAAACCUCCCAAAAGAAAUGCUCUGUAUAGACGCCUGCAGAACUUCCUGUACAACGUCCUGGAGAGACCCAGAGGAUGGGCCUUCAUCUACCACGCCUACGUGUUUCUGCUGGUGUUCUCCUGCCUGGUUCUGUCUGUGUUCUCCACCAUCAAAGAGUAUGAGAAGAGUUCAGAGGACGCCCUCUACAUCCUGGAGGUGGUGACCAUUGUGGUGUUCGGGGUGGAGUACAUGGUGAGGAUCUGGGCUGCAGGCUGUUGUUGUCGGUACAGAGGAUGGAGAGGACGACUCAAGUUUGCCAGGAAACCGUUCUGUGUCAUCGACAUCAUGGUGCUGAUCGCGUCCAUCUCUGUGCUGGCUGCCGGGACUCAGGGAAACGUCUUCGCCACAUCUGCCAUCAGGUCUCUUCGAUUCCUUCAGAUCCUCAGGAUGAUUCGAAUGGACCGACGAGGAGGAACCUGGAAACUGCUGGGAUCAGUGGUUUACGCCCACAGCAAGGAGUUGAUCACAGCCUGGUACAUUGGCUUCCUGUGUCUCAUUUUAGCCAGUUUCCUUGUGUAUCUGGCUGAGAAAGAAGAUAAUGAACAGUUUGAGACGUACGCUGAUGCCCUCUGGUGGGGACUGAUCACCUUGACAACCAUCGGUUAUGGAGACAAGUUCCCCAUCACCUGGAAUGGACGUCUGCUGGCUGCAACUUUCACUCUCAUUGGAGUUUCUUUCUUCGCUUUGCCAGCUGGCAUCCUAGGCUCUGGUUUUGCUUUGAAGGUUCAGGAGCAACACCGGCAGAAACAUUUUGAGAAGAGACGAAACCCAGCAGCUGGACUCAUCCAGGCUGCCUGGAGGGUUUAUGCCACAAAUCUGAGUCGAACCGAUUUGACGUCUACCUGGGAUUAUUAUGAGAGGACGGUGUCUGUCCCCAUGUACAGGCUGAUUCCUCCUCUCAACCAGUUGGACUUAUUGAGGAACCUCAAGAACAAAUCUGGACUCUCCUUCAGGAAGGACGUCCAGCCUGAACCGUCUCCCAGUCAGAAAGUCAGUCUGAAAGAAAGAGUCUUCUCAUCUCCACGGAGUUCAGGAACCAAAGGGAAAGGUUCUCCUCAACAUAUGGUUCCUACGGUUGGGCCUGGUAUUGCUUCUGGAGUGGGUCCUGGUGUAGUUCCUGGAGGUCCUGGGGGGACAGGGGGGGUCCAAGCCUUGCGCCGGUCCCCCAGCAUGGAGCCCAGUCUGGAAGAAAGUCCCAGCAAAGUUCCAAAGAGUUGGAGCUUUGGAGAACGCAGCAGAACAAGACAAGCCUUCAGGAUCCGAGGAGCUGCCUCCCGCCAGAACUCUGAAGUGCUGAUAGAGAUGCAGGACGAAGAGUUCAGGCAGAAGAGCUCCCCAGAUGCCAGCCUGCCGGGAGAAGACAUGGCCGACGACAACAAGAGCUGCCACUGUGAGUUUGUUCCUCAGGAUCUAACCCCAGGGUUAAAGGUCACCAUCAGAGCCAUCUGCAUCAUGCGCUUCAUGGUAUCUAAGAGGAAGUUUAAAGAGAGUCUUCGUCCCUAUGAUGUCAUGGAUGUGAUCGAACAAUAUUCAGCUGGACACUUGGACAUGCUCGCCCGCAUCAAGAAUCUCCAGUCAAGGGUGGAUCAAAUAGUUGGAAGAGGAACUCCCGUUGCUGACAAGGACCGUCCCAAAGCAGCCAGUGAGGAGCUACCUGAGGACCCGAGCAUGAUGGGGCGGCUGGGGAAGGUGGAGAAGCAGGUUCUGUCCAUGGAGAGGAAGUUGGACUUUCUGGUAAACAUCUACAUCCAAAGAAUGGGAAUCCCUCAGGCUGAGACUGACGCCUACUUUGGAUCCAAGGAACCGGACCCAGCACCACCUUACCACAGUCCAGUGGAUCACCUGGAAAAGAGCCAGUCCAUCUCCAAAAUCUUGCAGGUGCUGCCUGGCGACCACAUAGACAAGACCCGGUCCGUGACCAAGAUGGUCCGAUCGAGCAGUUCUACAGGACACAAGAGCUGCAAUGCCCCUACCUGCCCACCCUCCACCUCCUGGCAGCCUAUCAGCUCCCAGCUACACCAGCAUGCCCCGCCUCAUCCACAGCGUAGCCAUGGUAACACUCCAAGCCCCAUAGGCGAUGGAUCACUGGUUCGACUCCCGCCCCCUCCGCCUGGAGAGAGACAUGGUGGAAACCGAUCAAACCGACACAGUACCGGAGAGCGCCCGGAGAGAGGAGGAGGGGCAGGAGGUGCAGGAGACGGAGGAUCCAGUGAGACUGGGGGAGGAGGGGAAGAGGUGAAGCCUGACAGUGACACCUCCAUCUCGAUCCCGUCGGUCGACCAUGAGGAGCUGGAGCGCUCCUUCAGCGGAUUCUCCAUCUCUCAGUCCAGAGAGAACCUGGAUUUCCUCAACAACAGCUUCUACUCCUCCACCCGCUGCGCCACCGUCCGACCAUACAUCGCUGAGGGGGAGUCGGACUCGGACUCCGAGCUUUGUGCCCCUUCACCUCACUCAGACCAGGCCUGGACCGGAACCAAGUAGGCAGGUGACUCAGAAACUUUAUAUACCAGCUAGAGGUUCACAGUGAAGCAUCAUGGGAACUGACGGCACUCAGCAGCCGGUGUCUGAUUAAUGUGAAUGUUGAACGUGUUCAGCAAAUGUUUGUCCUCAGCCUCAUCGGUCCACAGCUGAUUGGUUGCUCCUUUCUGUCACUUCAUCCCCUGAAUGCAUUAUUUUUAGGUCCGGUCUGUUUAAGACCUCCCUCCUGAAAACCCAGGUCUGCGCGAAUUGGUCGGCCCUUUGUGGUCGCAUCAAUCAGUAACUAUUAAUCUGAUUUCUAAUAUUUAUACAUGCUUUCAAACAUUUCUGUCAUUUGUGUUGUGGUUGAACUGUCUCUCGGUUUUAUCAUCGACCUCCGCAGAACGAAGUGAGAGACGCUUCACCAACGUUUCCUGGGACGGGUCAGGAUAAGACAAACAUUUAUUUGAACACAAAACCUGCUGCUCACCAAAAAUGAGUCAACUUUGUGCAGAUCUGUGAUGUCUGAUUGUAUUAAUUAUGAAUAGUACUAAUUAAGAGCCUUUAAUCACAGGAAAACCCUUGUCACUCAAGUUGAAUCUAAAACCAAACGUCUUACUAGAUUCAGCUGAGGGCAGCAAGACGAAGAAUACUCGUGGUUUUCAUUGACUCACUGUAGUGACAUCAUCAGUUAGCUUAGCAUUUAGCACAGCACUCUGGAUUAAAUGGUAAUGAAACUGUUGGAGAAGAUCAUAAAGGGCCAGAAGUGAAAGUAUUAACAGGUGCUAUCUUACACCAGUGACGUGGUUUAAUCUGAUAAACAGCUGACUAGCUGCGACUCGGACGGACGUGGACAACAACAAACAGAAACACCUUGUUUACAUCAUCACUCCUUAAAACAUUACUGUGUAUAUAUGACAUCAUCAUCUGUUUGUUUUCUAAUUCUUCUGUAAAAGCUCAUUACAAACUCAAUUAGAGGAAUGCUGUAACAUAUAACAAGGAUAUUUAUUAAUUCACAGGGGCAGUUUGUUUUAUGUCUUGAAUAAACUUCAUUGUUUACAUGGA